AUGGAGAGAUACUUUCAUAAAAUUCCAAGAACAGAGGAACUUUCAAAUCCUUCAUCAUCUAUGAAGAAGAGGAAGACCAAUGUUGAUGGUGAAAGUUCAAAGAGAACUGAACUAGAAGAAAUUUUGGAAAAUCUUCCUUCAGACCCUGCACGUCGAAAGCGCAUCUUGGAUUAUGAUCCAAAUAUUCGUGAUCAAGUUAGGCGACAUUAUUUGCUCAAGGGUCCUUGUCAACCUCGAAACCAUAAGUUUCCCAAAAAGAGAUAUAUGGAACUAAACAGAAGUUUAACGCUUCUUGAAUAUGGUGAUCAAGGAGGCGGUGAUACAUUUACUGCCAAAGGUUACAACAAUUGGAAGAAAAAACAAGGACGUAAAGAGCAUGUUGGAACUGUUGGUAGUGUUCAUAACCAAGCUAUAUUGAAUUGUCAGGCUCUUAUGAAUCAGAAACAUCAUUUGGAGUCAGUUAUUAGUUGUCAAGUUGAAGCCUCUAAGCAGAACUAUUACACUCUUUUGAAUGCUUCAAUUGGUUGUGUUUAUUUCUUGUUACGGCAAGGUCUUGCUUUUCGUGGUCAUGAUGAAUCUGAAUCUUCAAGCAACAAAGGAAACUUUCUUGAGCUUCUAGAAUUUCUUGCUGAACAUAAUGAUAGUGUGAAGGCUGUCACCUUUGAUAAUGCCCCCCCCCCAGAAAUCUACAAUUGA